UUACAUCGGCACUGUAUGUUAAAUGCAGUAUAUUAAUCUCAAAAGAAUCUUAGUCUAUAGUUUCGAUUUUGACAAUAAAAAUAUUUAAUUGCAUACUUCAAAUAACUUUAGUACAAUUAAGCUUUUUGUUAAUUAAUUGCUAUUAGUGCAUGAAAUGUUCGAUCGAGAUCGCGGUAGUUCAGUUGUGACAAAGCAGUGAACAGGAACGGAGGACCACAAAUGUGAAGUUGGAUGUAAGAUAACAAGCUGAUAUGGUUUAUUCCACUAUUGUACGACAGACUGUAUUCUUACUCACUUGUACACAAGUAGUUUUAACAUGUGGACCGGGUCGCGGUGUUGAUAAAAAAUUCGACAAUAAAUACAACGUUUUGGAACGUCAACCUGAUGUCAACGAACAAAGUAUAUUGGCAAGUGGACCGUUCUUAAAAGCUUUAAAACCUGAUGAUCCUUUGUUGGAAUCCGUCUACCAUACAGAUAUCAUAUUUCAUAAUGACUUAUAUAAAUCCCCGAACAGAAAAGCCAUUAAGCCGUGUCGGUUGUCCUUGGUAAAGUUGGCAAAUAGUCUGCCGCGAUAUUUUGAUAAGAAGUAUCGACUCAAAGUCAAAGAAGGUUACAUGGCAGUACCUCGUAAAGGGAAAUCAGAGCAUAACCUUCACUUAGAAGGAAGAGCCUUUAACAUCGAUCUUGUCUCGACUGGAAAUGCUGACGUACUAGAUAAAGACGUCAAAAUCAAAAACUAUCGAAAACUUGCUGGUUUGGCUUACUACAAAGCGGGUUUCAAGUUUGUUCACAUCAGAGAGCAUCACAUUCAUGUGUCAUGUAGAAGGAAUCUUGAUUCUCCAGGCAAUCGCGAGAGCAGUCACCGAUGCUUCCCAGCAAAAAGUUACGUCCGCACGCAUCGUGAUCAUAUCAUACCGAUGAAGAGUGUCAAAGUCGGUGAUCAGCUGCUUACUAUGGGUGAUAACGGACGUGUCAAAUACAGUGAAGUUAGUAUGAUUAUGCAUCGUCAACAUGACGUGGUUGUAGAAAAUUAUGUCAAGAUUGAAACAAGUAACGGCCACCAAAUAGUGCUAAGUCCCCGCCAUAUGGUUUUUACAUUGGAAGACGGAGCAAUUUUUGCGAAAGACGUGCAUACCAAUCAUACUUUAAAUACAUACGAUGAUACAAAAGGACGCUUUGUUUUGUCGCAUGUUAGUAAAAUAUCGCUCACAACGGACUUGGGCGCAUACGCCCCAUUAACAAUGGAAGGAACAGUAGUUGUGAAUGAUAUAUACGCCUCCUGUUACGCUGUUUUUCCGAGUCAUUCAAUAUCCCACGCUGCUUUUUACACGUGGCGUAAAAUUUACGAAUAUAUAAAACCAUUAUUUAUUUAUGUGAGUUCAACCACGAAUUUAUUUGGUACCGAGAGUGAAGAAUAUCAUUGGUACCCACAUAUGUUAAAAUCAAUUGUUAAUAAAAUGUACAUAGUUCCCUAUAAAAUGUAAUUCGUAAUAUUUAUUUCUGUGUGUAUAUUCUCUUGCAAACUUCUAAAAAAUAAAACAGCAAAAUCCA